CUGCUGACCAGGAUGACCAAAGCGCGGCUGUUCCGUCUUUCGGUGGUGGUGGGCUCUGUUUUCAUGAUCCUGCUGAUUAUCGUGUACUGGGAUAACGUGGGAACGGCUCACUUCUACCUACACACAUCCUUCUCCAGGCAUCAUGGGGUGCUUCCUACUGUUGUUAAGGAUGACGGCCGAGGCUCUCUGUCGGACGUCGAUGAGUUUUUAGAGAAACUCCUGACUUCUGAACUGAGGGACCGUGUCAACCGGAAAACGGAGCAACCGCCUUUGCAGGCUUCGAGCCGGCCUGUUGUCAACAACUUGGAGGAGAAUGUGAGAGGUUAUGACUGGUCUACUCGUGAUGCCCGAACGAUGCUGGACCAAGAGAAGAUACAGGCCGAGAGAAGGAAGACUCUGAGGGAAUUCUGUGCCAAUUCCAGCUUUGCCUUCCCGACCAAGUACCGCUCGUUUGAGGACAUUCCCAACUACGAGCUGAACCACCUGAUAGUCGACGACCGUCAUGGCGUCAUUUAUUGCUACGUCCCCAAAGUGGCAUGCACCAACUGGAAGCGGGUGAUGAUUGUGCUGAGCGAGAGCUUAAUGGACCAGGGUGUCCCUUACGUCGACCCCUUGGAUAUCCCCCGCGAGCACGUCCACAACUCCAGCACUCACUUCACCUUCAACAAAUUUUGGCGCCGCUACGGCAAGUUCUCCCGCCACCUCAUGAAGAUCAAGCUGAAGAAAUAUACCAAGUUCCUCUUUGUCCGCGACCCCUUCGUCCGGCUCAUCUCGGCCUUCCGCAGCAAAUUCGAGCUGGAGAACGAGGAGUUCUACCGCCGGUUCGCUAUCCCGAUGCUGAAGCUCUACUCCAAUCACACCAGUGUUCCUACCUCGGUUGGCGAGGCCUUCGAAGCGGGCCUCAAGGUUUCUUUUUCAGAUUUCAUCCAGUAUUUACUGGACCCUCGGACGGAGAAGCUGGCCCCUUUCAACGAGCACUGGAGGCAAGUGUACCGCCUCUGCCACCCGUGCCAAAUGGAGUAUGACUUUAUCGGCAAGCUGGAGACCUUGGAUGAAGAUGCAGCUCACCUGCUGCAGCUUCUCAAGGUGGAUCGUCUCCUCCGCUUCCCUCCCAGCUAUCGGAACAGGACAGCCAGUAGCUGGCAGGAAGACUGGUUUGCCAAAAUCCCCGUGGCAUGGAGGCAGCAGCUGUACAAGCUUUACGAAGCGGACUUUGUACUCUUCGGCUACCCCAAACCUGAACACUUGCUUAAAACCUGAACGAGACU